UGCCUUGUUAUUUGGGUAUCUUUCGAAGAGGAAGAGUCUCUCGUUGCAAGCUUACUUUCUUUGUCUUCGAUCAGUUGUUUGUUAAUUUAUACAUCUUGGUGUUCGUGAAAGAUGGGAAGGCAACCAUGUUGUGACAAAGUUGGGUUGAAGAAAGGGCCAUGGACUUCUGAUGAGGAUAAGAAACUCAUUACCUUCAUCCUCGCUAAUGGUCAAUGUUGCUGGAGAGCUGUUCCUAAGCUUGCAGGAUUGUUAAGGUGUGGGAAGAGUUGCAGGCUGAGAUGGACAAACUAUCUCAGGCCAGAUUUGAAGAGAGGUCUUUUAUCAGAAUACGAAGAGAAGAUGGUGAUUGAUCUCCACGCUCAACUUGGCAACAGAUGGUCUAAGAUUGCAUCACAUCUACCCGGCAGAACUGAUAAUGAAAUCAAGAACCAUUGGAAUACUCACAUCAAGAAAAAGUUAAGGAAAAUGGGAAUUGAUCCUCUCACUCACAAGCCACUCUCUACCAUUGAAACACCGCCGUCACCACCACCACAGCAAGAAGUUCAAGUGCAGGAGAAAAUACAAGAAAUAGAGCAGCAAGCUGUACAACAGUCUUGUUCCCCUAAUAUCGUAUCUGAACUGGACCAAAAUAAGGAACCUGAGACAUCAUUACGAUCAACAGUAACUCAAGAGGAAGAGAUCAAUAACAUGGCCGCAAGCACAUAUGGCACAAUGGAGCAAACGGAUGGUUUUUGCAUAGAUGAAGUUCCGCUAAUUGAACCCCAUGAAAUCUUAGUCCCUUGUGGACUUUCUCCUUCAUCAACCCCAGCCCCAACCUCUUCAUCAUCGUCAUCGACAUCAUCUUCUUCUUCUUCAUAUGGUUCAAACAAUAUCCUUGAAGACUUGCUACUGCCAGAUUUUGAAUGGCCUAUUAAUAAUGUCGACAUUGGCUUGUGGGGUGAUUACCUGAACAGUUGGGAUGUGCUAAUCAGUGAUGCUGUCGGUGAUUGGAAGCAAACAACAAUGUUUGAUCCUCCUCUCAAUCAGUGCUCAAGAAUGAUAUUGGAUCAAGAUUCUUGGACAAAUGGGCUCUUGUGAUCAUUUGGAAAAGAAAAAAAAAUAAUUCAUGUGGGGCUUGUUCGUAGUUUGGUCAUUAGUUGCGACAGAGAAAAUAAAUAAGUCAAGAAUCCAGGGAAACCCCAUCUUUGAUUUAGGCUUAUUUAUUUUAUUUAAUCUUUUAGUACAAAAAUAUUAAUAAUUACAAAAUCAAUAUUGAACUUUUGUAUGCGAAUGAUAUAUUUUGGGUUGUCA